AUGGCGGCAGUCUCUUUCACCACAGAGAGAUCCACAAAGGAGUCAAAUAACUUCAUUCGGCUUUGCCAAUUACUUCUUGAUGUUGGCACAAAGGUCCUUCAUGAUAAAUUUGAUACAUUGGUACCUCCUUGUGAACUUGCUGAUUUCUUGUCAAGCAAUAAAUCAAUUCUAAAGAAAAAACCAAGUAUCGGAGGGCAUGGAAGAGCUAAACUCUUUCCGUCAGACGGUGAGCCGUGUUCAAAGGUAUUCGACAUUUCCCUGAUAUACGUUCUCUUUAGGGAAACCCGUAUUACUAAUGACGAUGGUAUCUCUAGACCUUUGAUCGCACCACCCAUGCUGGGUUGGGGUGUCAAACCAGAUUCCUCCGAUUCUAGUGACGCAGCAAACAUUGAACGCUUGCGUCUCGCUCGCAACGAUCUCUACGGUCAUAAACUGAAAGCUGCAAUCAGCAAUGAGGAAUUUGAGGAAACCUGGGGGGAACUCUAUACGGCGGUGAUUAGUAUAGGAGGUGCCAAAUACAGACACGAAGUCGACAAUAUUCAAAAGCACACAAUGCCAGCUGAGAUCAACGUGCCUCAUACCACAAAGCUGAUGCAGGUGCUUAUUGAGAAAAGAGGCGAGGAGGACAAGAAGUUUGUGGAGACUCGUGCCUAUCGUCGGAUUGAAGAGGAAGUAGACCGAACUGGUACUGUUUUGAUUGUUGGCAACUCUGGCGAGGGAAAGACAUCGUGUGCGUGGCACCUCAUUCUGCGCCGUCUUGUCGCUGGCGACAACCUUGUCAUAAUUGACUCGGCAGAUGACUGGCGUAAAAAAUGGGACGCUAGCAAAAAACAAACGAUAUUCGUGGACAAUUGUUUUGGGGAGUCUUGUGCUAUUCCCGAACGCGCAGAAGCCUGGCAACGUCUACAGGAGGACCUCCGAGGUUGUAUCAACAACAAUGACACAACGGUCAUCGCUACUGUCCGUACGUAUAUCUACAGAGACUUGAAGGCAACGGUCAACCGCUUUCAUCUGUUUGGAAAGGCCAUUGAUAUUUCUUGUCCAGAUUUGCGUCUCUCGUCAUCUGAAAAGCUUCAGAUGAUUCGGAGCCAUUUGCGCGACAAGGAUAUUGUGUUGAAUGCAAAAUCAAUUGAAAUGUUAACACUAUGCGAUACCCCAUGUUUCCCGUUGUCCUGCAGACUUUUUGCAUCUGACGAGAUGUUUCGAGCAAAAGGUGAAAGAUUUUUUCUCCAACCCGUUUCACAGUUACGUGAGGAGCUUGUCCAGCUUUCAAGAAGAGACAGUGUCGCGUUUUCAGCAUUGAUCUUGCUGCUUGUGAAUGAUGGUCAUCUACUGUUUGAUAACCUGACGCCAAGUGAAUCUACGUUUAAUAAACCUCCGAAUGGAUGUUUUGAAAGACUUAACUUUAUAUUCUGUGGUGCCAAACCUACAGUCAACUGGGUAGCGGAGAAACUCGAGUCAAUAAAGACAUCACGAAAAUUACCUAAUCUAACCUUGUUCGAUAUAAAUCGAGCGAUCGAAAAACUCCGUGACUCACACGUCACAGUUACUGAUACUGGCUACAAGUUUGUACAUGCGUCUCUUCUGGAAGCGGUAGGUGUUGUCCUGGCAAAUGAAGACGCAAUGUUUGUACUGAAACACUGCAGUGCCCAUUUUAUUCAACAACACGUACGGAUUCAGUCUUUCCCUGAUGUCGCGGAGGACACCAUAGUAAGAUUGCCAGAGAUCUACCACAAAGAACUCGCCAGGCGUUUUACGGAUGAUGUCAUAAAUGGAGAUAUAGAUACUGUCUUCCAAAACCCCUCCAUCAGUGAUCUUUCAUUCUCUAUUCGUUGGUGUCUGCACAUUUCAAAUAUGGAGCGCACAAAACAGCUGAAAUUUUUCAAAAGUGUGGAUAAGAAGGGAUAUACAUUGCUUUAUUGGGUUGGUCGUACUGGUAAUCUUUCACUGUUGAGGCAGUUUUUACAGAAUGAGGAGCCAACAACAGAUUGUAUUCAUGGCGCAUGUUUCAGUGGAAAUUUAGAAGCCGUUAAGUACGUGCUUGGUAAAGAUGUAAGCACACACAUCGUCGACGCCGGGGGUAGGACGCCAUUGAUAAUCGCUUGUCAAACAGGUAAUUAUGACAUGGUCAAAUUACUUUUAAACCACGGGGCCGACGUUAACCAAGAACAGGAGUCAUUCGGGACACCUCUUCACUACGCAUGUUGGAGCGGCGAUAAACACUUAGUCAGUGUGUUGUUGGAAAACGGUGCAAAAUCAAACGUAGUCACAUAUGGUGGUUGGCCUGCUAUUUACUUCAGUGGCAGCGAAGAAAACGCCAAAAUUGUACAAAUGCUUUUGAAACGUCAAAACUCGAUCAACAUCACUGCAAACAGAGGUUGGUAUCCCUUACACCUUGCUGCUGGUAAAGGUUAUAUGGACAUUGUCCAUAUACUGAUAGAGAGUGGUGCCGACAUCAACAUAGCGACCACUAAGGGUUGGAGUCCACUAUUGUGCGCCACACAAAAAGGUCGGCAUACCGUCGCGAGUUUGCUUGUACAAAAUGGCGCGGAUUACAAUCAAUCGGACUAUUUCGGGGUAUCAUGUCUCCAUCGGGUGUGCUAUGACGGCUAUGACCUAGUAGCUAAGGUCCUCAUACAGGGAGGUGCUGACGUCAACAUCAGGUCAAAGGUCGGCUACACGCCACUCCACUGCGCAUGCGAUGCAGGCCAUAAAUCACUUGUAGAGCUUCUGUUACAAAAUGGCGCAGACAUAAACGCUGAGGGACAUAACCAAAAGACACCGGCCAAAGUAGCACAGAUUAAGAACAGGAAAGAAAUCUUGGAGCUUCUGACAGAUGGACGGUCAAAGAAAGACAUUCAAUAG